GGCAACAUUCAUCCGGGAACUCGCUCACUCGCUGUGCGGAGUUUCUGGCGCAUGCGCAGAGUGGUCGCUACAAGAUUUGUUGCGAAAAGAGUGAUGCGAUGUUUCUGAAAAAUCCGAGGAAUCCUCAGUCCGAAUCGACUCCAACAGUAUGAAAAUUAUGCGGAAAGCUACUUCGAUACUUGUGUAACGCCAAACAACACGUCCCGAGCCGCUGGACGCCCUUCGACUGCGAGGUGAAGCACUGUGAAGAGUACGAUAUUGUCCAAGAUUCGCCCAGAAUCCUCCAAGAUGGCGGCGUAUUUUUGUUGAAAAAAAAGAAAAAAAAAAAAAUUGACAGGGUACCCCCGAUUCGUUCUGUGGACCGAACGGCCGCCUAACCGUCGCACGAAAUGGAGCUGCGAGUCGGUAACAAGUACCGAUUGGGACGGAAAAUCGGCAGCGGUUCCUUCGGGGAUAUUUAUCUGGGGACCAACAUCACAACGGGCGAGGAGGUGGCAAUCAAGCUGGAGUGCAUCAAGACGAAGCACCCGCAGCUGCACAUCGAGUCCAAGUUCUACAAGAUGAUGCAGGGCGGGGUGGGCAUCCCGCUGAUCAAGUGGUGCGGUUCGGAGGGGGACUACAACGUCAUGGUGAUGGAGUUGCUGGGGCCCUCCCUGGAGGACCUGUUCAACUUCUGCAACCGCAAGUUCUCCCUCAAGACAGUCCUGCUGCUGGCGGACCAGCUGGUCUCGCGGGUCGAGUACAUCCACUCAAAGAACUUCAUCCACCGGGACAUCAAGCCGGACAACUUCCUCAUGGGCCUGGGCAAGAAGGGCAACCUGGUGUACAUCAUCGACUUUGGGCUGGCCAAGAAGUACCGGGACUCUCGGACGCACAACCACAUCCCGUACCGGGAGAACAAAAACCUGACGGGCACGGCUCGCUACGCCUCGAUCAACACGCACCUGGGCAUCGAGCAGAGCCGUCGGGACGACCUCGAGUCCCUCGGCUACGUCCUGAUGUACUUCAACCGGGGCAGCCUGCCCUGGCAGGGCCUGCGGGCGGCCACCAAGCGCCAGAAGUAUGAGCGCAUCAGCGAGAAGAAGAUGUCCACCCCCAUCGAGGAGCUCUGCCGCAGCUUCCCCUCGGAGUUUGCCACCUACCUGAACUACUGCCGGUCGAUGCGCUUUGACGAGAAGCCCGACUACUCCUACCUGAGGCAGCUGCUACGCAACCUCUUCCAUAGGCAGGGCUUCACCUACGACUACGUCUUCGACUGGAACAUGCUCAAGUUUGGAGGCAGUCGCAGCAGCGGCAGCCAGCAGCAGGCAGCGCCCCAGGGUGCCGGGGUGUCGGACGGUGCCCCGGCCACCACCCUGGGGGUGGUCGGGGGGGAAGGGGGACCCACCCCGGGUGGAGAUCACCGUCCCCACCCGUCCACGGCCGCCUCCAGGGGCCUUCCCCCGACCACGGCAUCGGGGUCCCAGAGGCCCAGCUACCGGGGGACCUUCCUCACAGGCAUGAACGGAGAGCAGCACGGCACCCCAGCCCACGCGGCUCCCCCGUACCCUCCCUGGCGGAAAAGCGAGCACCACAACCCACCCUCAGGGGCCCUCACAAAGAGCGGCGUGGCCAAGGCGUCGGACAGGUAGACGACCGCAAGAGGAGCAGGAAGAAGCAUCAGCACUGACAACGCCGCUCCCUCCCCAGUUGUGCCCCCCUCUGACCCCCGGGAAGAGAGGGAGAGGAGGGGAAGGCAAUCCCUCCCCCCUCCCCUUCCUUCGGAAAUCCGGCGACGACGCUCCACGGGUCCUCCGCGGAGCGGAAUGCGAGGCAGGGCGGGGGGACGCGGAAGGCCCGAGAGGCAGCGAAGGAAAACUUGGACUUUUCGCAAAUUUGUGUCCGCCGGGGUCGGUCAGCGUCCCGCUCUCUGCCACCGACCGCCGAGCGCGGAUCUCACCGCAGCGACUAUUAAAGAAACGGGAGGGGACGCCCACUCGAGUCGAUAGAUUUUCGGUGACGAGAGAAGACGCUCUCGUUUGUAUUUUUGUGGAGGGAGUUUUGCGUCGCGUAGGAGUGUUUUGCGGGUUCGACGGGCGCUCCGCGCGUCUCCCAUGGAGCUUGCGACUCGAAGCUUGGCGGCUCCGUGUUUGAGUGCAGAAGCGUCGUCUCCGGGUUGUGGAAGGGGGCGGGGGGGGGGGAGGAGUUGUUUUUGGAAUGUGCGCCGAGUCUGGGAGGCGCGCGUACCCCGCUGCCGUGCUAACGCUGCCGUCUUGUAUAAAUUUCUGGAGAGGAUUGAAAGCGCUGUCUCAAAGAACGAAGCGCUGUUCCGACCGGAGCGCCGACCGUUGCCAGUUGCCGUCUCGUUGAUGUAAAUACCGACUUUUUUUUUUCCUUUUCUUUUUUUUUUUUUUUUUUUUUUUUUUUUUUUUUUUUUUUUUGUGCGUGUGUGUUGGAGAGACGCGUGGCGACGGUCUGGAAAGUCGUUUCAAAGAUCUCUCGGAGGGAGGAGUCCGCAAAAAGAGACGGGCCCCCUUUCCCCCCCCGAGUAUUUUUUAUCCUCCGACCUUCCUCGUCUCAAAGUUUGUCGGGUCGGCUUGCAGCGUCCUAGGACAUUAACAGCGUUGGUUGGGGGCUUUUGGAGUGGCUCGUGCUUGUAGGAAAGGGUCCCCGUCUUGGUCCCGUGUGUCUCAGACAGCCAGGAGGAGCUCUAGGACACUAACAAUGCUGGCUGGAGUUUGGAACGGUGCCCAGAAAGAGAUGGGGGGGUGUGUCUUCGUAAACGUUCCCACGGGAAGUUCCGGGACACGGUGGUUUACGAUGCGGUUAUCGGUCCCAAUAUGGACGAUCUUGUGCAUCGUGCCUCCAGCUUGGGUGUUUGGGGGAGGAUAAAAUGCUAGGAAAGGAUGGCACGACUGUUGUCCUAGGGCAUCUCGGGAGGUCCGAGCGUGUCCUUGCAUGGCCAAGGAGUUUUUGUAGGACCUUAGAUAACGACGCCGGAUGGUACUCCGAACGGCUCGAAGGCAAGCCGCCCUCGUCUGCUAGGUUGUCGCGUGCACGCCCUGGGACACAGUGGGCAGUCCCAGGACAAAGGAAAUGACAAACGAGAACUCGGUAAUGGCUGCUGUUGCGAAGAACGAAUGGAUGCGGUGGAAGCAACAGAAAUCUAGGAAAAACUUUUUUUUUUGUGGUUUCGUCGUAGGAAUGAAAGAACUUUUGUAAAGCACCGAGUAUCCUUGUGUGUGCAUGUGUGUGUGUGUGCGCGUGCGUGCAUGUUACUGCUCGUGAAUUGAGUCAAGUUUUUGUUUUAACAUUUUUAUAUACAUAGUAUGCUGAAAGGAACGACACAUCAAAAAGGAAAAAAAAUGAUGAUGAUGGCGCUUUGUUUGACUUUUGUCUAAACCGAGUAAAUAAAUAUAUUGAAUGUAUCAAAACCGGA